AUAAUGAAUUAAAUAGGCCUUAGUUAAUAAAGGAAAGCAGAACUGAAUUCAUUGCUGAAAAUAUUGUCCUGCCCUGUUCUGCGAUCUUUUUUGUUAUAAUUCGAGCUUCCUUUCAUGUAAUUGGACCUCGACAAAAGAGCUUCGAGCCCAAUCUAAGCAAAGAAAAGAAAUGAAGAUGAAAAGGACUAUCUUCUUGUUGUUAUUGUUUUUGUUCGGUGUGAAUCAGAAUCCAUGCUUUGGAGAACCUUGGGAUUGGCAGACAGGAAUAGAUGUCGAUACAGGUGGUCUAAGCAGAGAUAAUUUCUCAAAGGGUUUUGUGUUUGGAACUGCAACCUCUGCAUACCAGGUGGAAGGAGCUGCCAAAACGGAAGGUCGAGGCCCCAGCAUUUGGGAUGUGUUUGUGAGUAAACCGGGAAACAUAGCCAACAAUGCCACUGCAGAUGUUGCAGAUGACCAGUACCAUCGGUAUAAGGAGGAUGUGGAGCUGAUGGUAAAAAUGAACAUGGAUGCAUAUCGGUUUUCCAUAUCAUGGUCAAGAAUAUUUCCAACUGGAACGGGGCAGAUAAACUACAAAGGAGUCAACUAUUAUAAUAAUCUUAUAAACUACUUACUGGAAAGAGGUAUUACACCAUAUGUAAAUCUUUACCAUUAUGAUUUACCCGAGGGACUGGACAGAGCAUUUGGAGGAUGGUUAAAUUCCCAAAUUGUACAGGAGUAUGGGAAAUAUGCAGAAUUCUGCUUCAAGACUUUUGGCGACAGAGUGAAAAACUGGAUGACUUUCAAUGAACCACGUGAUAUUGCUGCUCUUGGUUAUGACAAUGGUAUAGCAGCCCCUGGAAGAUGCUCUGUCCCAUUUGGAAAUUGCAGUGCAGGAAAUUCUUCUACAGAACCCUACAUUGUUGCUCACAAUCUUUUGCUGUCACAUGGUACUGCUGUGAAAAUAUACAGGGAAAAAUACCAGGCUCAACAGAAAGGAAAAAUUGGAAUUCUUUUAGACUUUGUGUGGUAUGAACCUCUCACAGAUUCGAGUGAUGACAUUUCUGCAGCACAGAGAUCAAGAGAUUUCAGCAUUGGAUGGUUCCUUCAUCCCAUUGCCUAUGGAAAGUAUCCAGACUCCAUGGAAGAAAUUGUUGGGUGGAGACUUCCUAAGUUUACGGAAGAACAAUCCAUAAUGGUAAAAGGCUCGAUGGACUAUUUAGGGCUUAAUCAGUAUACUGCAUACUACAUGUAUGAUACUCACCAACCAAAACCAAAUAUAACAGACUACCAGAUGGACUGGAAUGCAGGUUUUGCAUUUGAGCGCAAUGGUGUUCAAAUUGGACCAAGAGCUAAUUCGGAGUGGCUUUACAUUGUGCCUUGGGGUUUAUACAAAGCUGUCAUGUAUAUAAAAGACAACUAUGAAAAUCCAACACUGAUUAUUACUGAAAAUGGGAUGGAUGACCCUGGCAAUUUAACACUGGAAGUUGGGGUUCAUGAUACAACGCGGAUAAACUAUUAUAAAGACUACAUUAAUAAUUUGAUAAAGGCAAUGAAAGAAGGAGCAAAUGUGGUGGGAUACUUUGCCUGGUCACUGUUGGAUAAUUUUGAGUGGACAAAGGGCUAUACAUCAAGGUUUGGAUUGGUUUAUGUUGAUUUUCAAAACCUAAAAAGAUAUCCGAAAAUGUCUGCUUACUGGUUUUCCAAACUCCUCCAACACCCCACAAAUUGAUCAAUCGAUUACAAGAACUUAAGUUAAACAAUUGUGACAGGACUCACGUUCACCAAUCAUCCCUGAAACAAUAAAAUCCAGCACGGACUCAAAAUUUCAUGCUGUUCUUAUGCUUUUUA